AUGAUCCUCAGGCCGCUGCUCUUCCUGCUCUACUUGGGUUACGUUGUUGUGCUUCUCCAACGCAUCGGAAAUCGCUUCUUCCCCGGUCUCCGCGGUCCAAGAUGGUGGGAGCAGACACUCCAGUUUUUCGGCCGCCUCCCGCUCCUCUGGCGACAGCGGCUUCAGCGCUUCUCUAGUGCCUUCGAGCGCGUCUCAUUUACAUGCCACAUUGCGCUGGUAAGCUACCUUUUCGUUUUCUUUGUCUCCAGCAAUCCAUGCAUGCUUCGGGGCUUCUACAGAGAUCCUCCUCGAAACGAACUGUACACCCACAAUGAGGUGCGUACCAACACGCCUACAGCGCCGUCCUUAACGUCGCCUGCGCACGACCCCCGCCUGCUGAGUCCUUUUCCCCCACGUUCCGCCCUCACCGCCGCCUUCUUCUGCGGCCGCCCCACCGCCAGCAGCUACGACGGCUACGCAGGGGCGGCACACGCCGCCUACAUCCACCACGACAUGGACCACGACCGCUUCGUCGUGCGCACCUUCGGCCGCGGCGGCACCCGCGUGGAUCUGCGGCGGCGCACCGGCAUCGGCCGCAGCACCUACGAGGUGUUCUGCGGGGCGUCCGUGCAUGCGCAGACGCGCACCCCGCUCGCGCCGUCGCAGCACUACAGUGGGGAGGACAACUGGCUCAACAAUCCGUUGUUGUCAGCCGGCACCUCUAGUAACGAUCACCACCGUUUAAACGUUGACUUCGCGGUGAAGAAGUUGGCGGUGCCACAUGCGUCGCCGGAGGCGGCAGAUCCCUUUGACGCGGACUUCACCAAGGCGGACCAAGGCCUGCGCACGCACUACCGCCGCUACAGCCGCGACGAGGUGCUGGCGAAGAACCGCCACAUGGACUUCAUCUACUCCUACGUGAACGGCAGCGACGUCACACGCCUGUUUUUGAAGCCCUUUGCGCGGGAGUCAGAGUGCUCGAUGCGAAUCGCGGCUGUGAAACUGCUGUGGGCUGAGCUCCAGCGCAACACGAGGGCGGCGGUGGUGACGGAAGGUGAAUUCAGCAGUCGGAUGACGGCGUUGCUGUUUGCCGCGCCGACUGGAGCGUGCUCUGUGGAGAAGAUUCUGUCUUCCUCGUGGACAACCUACGCUGCGCUGUUCCAGUUUCGUAGCUCCCUGGUGCACGCAGUCGCGAGAGCCUUGCAGCGCAACGAGACUCCCCAUCGCACCUUCACCAAUGCGGACCUGCUCGCAACUCUGGAGUCGGUGUUUGGCACUCAACUGGCUGACGACAUCGACGCGGACAGCGAUGAGCUGCGGCACAGCAUGCGUGGGCUGCUGCAGCACACCCGCGACUGGCACCGCGGCCGGCUCUCUGUCGUGACGCCCUACGCCAACGUGCCGCAGUGGCUCAACCAGAGCAAAGGCUUCUUCUUGCGGUCCCUGCUGGCGGACCUCCACGCCCAGGGCGGCGCCGGUGACGACGGCCCGCUGGGCACCGCGGACGUGGCCUACGUGCGGGAGGCGCACACCGCCCAGCUGCACUACACGCGGGUGCACGUGGUGGACCAACGCGCGCUGAUGCCGCCGGCGCCGCUGACCACGGUGAACAGCUUCGUGAUUGAGCCCUUCAUCUACCGCCUGCGCAACAUCUCCGCCGUCUUCACGUUCCUCAACGACGACUAUCUGAUCAUGCGCGACGUGGACGUGGCGGAGUUUGUGAACGCGUACGGUGGGCCGGUGCUGCGGAUUGAGCACGUUGUGGCGGCAUCUAUGUUGCAUAAACUCCCUCGCGGGGAGUUCUGGUCUGGCCUGGCGUACAACUUUUUGCUCCUGAACCGCGACCUCGACCGUCUCCCGGCGGAUCACGACGAGUUCAUCCAACCCACUGUUUUUGCCGCCUCGAAACAUCAGGAUGGAUCGAAGUCGAACGAACUGAGGAGGGGUGUUCUGCGCACCGACUGGGCGGCCUUUACUGCCGCGGUGGAGGUGCGAGUUGGAGAGCACUGUAGGCUCGAUGACGUUUCACGGUGCGCCGCACAGCAGACAAGCAGCCCCUUUGCUUCGUGGCUGGCGUGCGCUGACGGUGACGCUCGUGGCCAACAGUCGUGCCGGUUACCACGCGUCUCGAGGAGGGAAGGUCGCAGCUGGACGGUAGACGCUGCUGGCACGUUUGCGCGAGAGCGGCGACCACCGUCUCAGCUUUACUGGCGAGGUGCAGUUCAGCUUCCCUCCCUCGCACGUUGGGGCGACAGAGUGGUGGAGCGCGUUGUGGACGACGUGAUUGAGCAGCAGCCGUUUAUUCCCGCGUCCCAGCCGGUGGAUGUCGCAGCCGCCCCAACCGUUGAAACACCAGUGGAUCGCGACAAUGCCAUAAUGACGAGUGUGAAUGCGGUUCGCCUCACCCUGGAGGAGCUUCGCAGCUCGACGGUCACUGCUAGAGAUGUGCCACCGCCAGACUUGCGUGCGCACGUGGAGCGUUUUGCGGAGAUCCUGAUGAGCAGCGAGUUGCCGCGCGACAAGAUGCGGCGCACGCCUCCUCGCCUGCGCAAGUACCGCCUGCGGCUCGACAGCCACGCGCCGUACGUGCAGUGCCGCAACAUGUGGAAGUACAUUCACACGCGCUACGCACCCGACCUCAAUGAGAACAUGCUGCUCUCGACCAGCCGCGCGGUGACAGACUUCCUGCCGCCGUCGACGCACACGGCGCACCUGCUGCGGCAUCCAUGGGCGGGCUCCAGUCAGUACAUCCCGUACUUGAUGGCGAAGGAGGCGUGGCGGCUGCAGGCGGCGGGCGAGGAGGCGCCGCGGUCCGCGAACGAGCCGCCGCUGUUCCCGGUGGUGGACGUGGCGCUGGACAACGAGGACGGCUGCGCGCCGGCCACGUACGUUGGAGAUGCGCUUGGGGAUCAGCGGUACAACCAUUUUACCGACAAGGAGCGAGAAAACAACGCCACCAAAGCAGCCAUUCGGGGCUAUGUGGACAAAGUUGCGUUUACCAACAUCAACUCCAAGUUCACCAAGCCGGAGGUUGGCGUGGUGCUGCGCAACUUCCUGGAGGAGCUCUUCCCCACGCCGAUGCUGCUGGAAAACGGCUGGCAGAACGGCACGGACGAGCCGCGCGUGCUGCUCGACGUGGACGGCGGCAACCGCACCGUCAGCGAUCCCGCGUACACCCUCCACCACCUCCGUACCGCCUUCCACCGGCUGAUGCGGCUGCCGCUGAUUCUGGUGAGCAACGACGAGGAGGGCUUCUGCCCGCUGCUGCGCAGCCUGCGCCACGCGAUGCCGGCCUUCCGGGGACUGCGCGUGGUGCAGGUGCUGGUGCCGCCGGCGGACGGCCGCAGCCUGUACGCGGCGCGCGCGGCGCAGCGGCACGCCUACCGCAACUUCCUGCCGGUGACGCGCUGCACGUUGCCGCCGGGCCGGCUGACGCGCGUGACGCUGCCGGCGCACAGCAGCACGGCGGACGCCAUCGUGGCGGGGCUGCGCAGCGCGCGCGAGGGGCUGGAGGCGGAGGACUGGGCGGCGCCUGCGCUGGUGGCGCUGCGCGGGCGGC